GAGGGAGGAUAGUAAUACUAAAAUGCAUAGCUCUCAGGGACUUACAUAUACUUCCAAAAGAUGAACUUCAUGGGGUGUACAUAGAAGGGGUGAUUUGAGGCUGGAAUUUAGUUGUAUGUGCUUCGUUCUUGUGGAAUGGAAAGAAUCUCAAUGGUUGUGUGACACGUGACUUUCGUGAUUUUCGUGAUUGCCUCGUGCGCAGCUUGGACGGCCUGGCCAUCUAAAAUGUUUGUACCUGAUCAACAAAAAGCCAGAAGCAACAAGAAAGUCUGGUAAUACAUGCUUGACAUCAAGCUGGUUGCUGUAUCAGCAAAAUAUCUCCCGACACCGACCUCAAGAUUUAUUUGGAGAACUAUGGCAAGCCCUGGUAAUGCACAAAAGAGAAAGUUGAGUACAGACCGCCCAAUAUCACCUCCACCAUUGCGUCGCAAAGUACACUCUACAACAACAAAGACUGAUGUUGCGUCAUUUUUCACGCCCACGUCACAAAAACCACCCGAGAAAAUUUCCUGGCAAGAACGCGCACCAGAUGAAGAUUCACCAAGCACGUUGUUGGUUGGUAAAUUUGAACCAUUGAACAGCUCAGAUAAGAGGGCAUUAUCACACAACUUGAAAAGAAACAAAGUUGCUGCUUUCGAUUUUGACUCAACUCUCAUACAAACAUCCUCUGGAAAGAAACACCCUACCAAUGGCCAAGAUUGGAAGUGGUGGCACCCAUCGGUUCCUACUAUGCUCAGAAAACUAUACUUGGAUGAUGGUUUUUGUGUCGUUGUGAUCAGCAACCAAGCUGGUAUUUCACUCAAAACGGACCCCAAACCCCCCAAAGCUCGACUUGCUGAAUUCAAGUCGAAAGUAUCUGCAGUCUUCAACCAUAUCAAUAUCCCAGUGAGCAUAUAUGUAGCAACCGAGAAGGAUAUCUACCGAAAGCCACGAAUGGGCAUGUGGAAAGAAUUACUUGAGGACUAUGAUAUUCAUCUCCCAGGUGACCUCAAACUUCAAGAAUCCAUUUUUGUUGGAGAUGCUGCCGGGCGCCAUGCAAGUACUGGUAAAUCAAAGGAUUUUUCUUGUUCAGAUCGGAAUUUCGCCGAGAAUGUCGGGAUCAAGUUCUACACCCCCGAAGAAUAUUUUCUCGACGAAACACCGAGAUCGUUCACUCGCACCUUCGAACCAGGAGAUUACAGCUCUGAAAACACCACAGUGUCUCCAAAGUACAAAAAAGACAACCCGAAAGACAUAGUUAUUCUUUGUGGUAGUCCUGGCGCUGGAAAAUCUACAUUUUAUUGGAAGCAAUUGGAACCUCUUGGCUAUUCCAGAGUUAAUCAAGACAUCCUCAAAACACGUGAUAGAUGUUUUAAAGUCGCUGGCCAAUAUCUAGAUGAGGGGAGGUCUGUGGUUGUGGACAAUACUAAUGCAGAUCGAGAUGUUCGCAGUAAAUGGAUAGCACUGGCUGCCAAGCAUUCCGUGCCGAUCCGCUGUGUUCAUUUCCUAACAAGUGUACAAGUAUGCGAGCACAACGAUGCUGUGCGAGCCUUGAAUGAAACCAUGAACCCUGAAAAGAGAAAGAUACUUCCUAAAUUGGCUUUCACAAGCUUUACUUCAAGAUACCAACGACCUGAAUUGAUCGAAGGAUUCCAGGAUAUUACAGAAGUGCCAUUCAAGUUCGAGGGAAGCGAAGCCCAACGAGGGAUUUGGACUCAACAUUGGAUUUGAAUAAUCAAUCAAUGAUCCCGAUAACGACCUCGGUGGACGAACGUGGCAUAUUUCACAUGGCAGGAGAUUACCCGAGGGAUUGUCCUAAUACUGAGGUACUAUCCCAUGUGAACUAACGAAUUUUGCUUCGUUCGAUUGGCAGCCGUGAUGGACUGCAGCAACGUUGCAAUAGUGUGCCGGUAUUUAUUUGUCUGCCGCUUCAACGAGAUUUAGAUUUCUAAUUUACAACGUUGAACAUUGCUUGUUGUUGUGAUGCAAUACGGAAUCUUGAUUUUUCCUCAACAUAAUGAUGUUCAAAGCGAAAUAUUCGUGUGCCCAGCCUAUGUAUUUUGAGUUGCACUUUAUUUUCUCAAGUCGCGUUUACUCUUUGCUAGCUACCAAUGGAGCUGUUAGGUGUUGAAUUUGGUCAUAGUGAGACGGGACA